AUGAACAAGAUUGUUUUCUACGAGGACAGAAACUUCCAGGGCCGUUCCUAUGAGACCAGCAGUGACUGUCCAGAGCUCAGCCUGUUUCUGAGCCGCUGCAGCUCCUGCCGGGUGGAGAACGGCUGCUUCAUGGUCUACGAUCGCUCCAACUUCAUUGGAAACCAGUUUUUCCUGCGGCGCGGUGAGUAUGCGGACUGCAAGAGGAUGGGUUUGAGCGACUCCAUCAGAUCCUGCCGUACCAUUCCUCAGCACCGCGGAACCUUCAGGAUGCGGAUCUAUGAGAAGGAAAACUUUGGCGGGAUGAGCUAUGAGCUGACGGAUGACUGCGAGUCCACGGCGGACCGGUUCCGGCUGUCGGAGAUGCGCUCCUGCCACGUGAUGGACGGCCACUGGCUGCUGUAUGAGCAGCCGCAUUACAGGAGCCGCAUGCUGUACCUGCGGCCAGGGGAAUACCGCAGCUUCAGAGACACAGGCAUCAGCUUCAGGUUCAGCUCCCUGCGCAGAAUCAUGGAGCCCUGCAACUAA